UUACAAAACUUAAUAGGUAGUGGAAUUUAACGAUCACUCCGAGGCAAGAAAAUUAAAAUAAAAGAAAAUAAAUUUUGUUUACGUUUACGUUCUGUUUAAAAAAAUUACUUUACUACAAAAAUGUUCAAAUUCUAUCUACUAUUUGCACUCGCUGCUUCUACAUAUGCAUAUGUUCGGUACGUCGAACUACCUGAGGGACAUGCAAUACAAGGGACAAACUCUUCUGGAUUAAUUAUAAGACUAAAAAGUACCUAUCUCGAAGUUGAAUGGUUAGAAGACUUUGGUUAUGAAAAUUCAUUGAAAGUUUAUUUCAAUUACAUUUUUGAAGAAACUGGCGAACGUGAAAUUGUUGAACUUCAAAACUUGUGCGGUAAAUACAAGGAAGGCUCUAUAGCCGAUUCCCUUAAGAACUUUAUUUUGGCUAAACUGGGAAACACCAAUAAAUGUCCAAUAAAAAAGGGUACAGUAAACGUCACAUUUCCAGUGAUAUUUACCUAUAAUACAACAUCAAAAGGUUGUGGACCUGCUUUUGGAUUCUACAAUAUUUUCCGAAAUAAUAAAACAGAUUCUAAAAGAACACCUUUACAAAUGGGUUUAACAUUUAGAGGUGUCGUAUACGGCAAAGACUGUUGAUCAUAAAAUUGAUAGACAAUAAAUAAAUUAUUGUACAACACCAUUUUUUAAUUACUUUCAUGAAUUUUGUGACAAAUAUGUUUCAUAAUUUACAUUCGAAAUUUAAAUUCUUUUUGAUAAAAGUAUUUUUCUAUUCAAGCUUAUUUAUUUUUAGGACUUUAGAAUUUUUCACUAGAAGCUUAAAGCGAAUUCAGUGAAAUAUCUUGUUACGCUAUCAC